AUGAAUUCAGACAAUACCAUCAAUCCUUUAAACAUCUGCAAAAAUGACGGAAAUAAUGUCUUUCUUUUGCUUUUUACUUUUAUAUGUGGAUUUGUCAUUGGUUUGCUCAUUAAGCACAUAAAUAAAAUAAAAAAGAAUGCAGAAAUGAUAAAAAGCGCUUGUUCCAACUUCGAUUUGAUAUGCUCAAGUGAUUGCAAGAUGGUAUUCUGCGUUAGGACAGAUAUAAAAAUGAACAAAGGAAAAAUUUGCUCCCAAUGCUGUCAUGCAUGUCUAGCUGUUUACGAGAAAAUUUUAAAAAGAAAUAAUAAACUUAGGGAAAACGAAGGUGGAAAAUGCAGCUUGACCUACUUCGAUAUAUGGAAAAGAAACGGACAGAAGAAAAUUGUUCUCAAAAUAUCAAGCUUGGAAGAAAUGUACGAAAUUGAAAGAAAGGCAAAGAAGGAAAAUCUCAUUACCUCCAUAAUUAUUGAUGCAGGUAGGACACAAAUAGAGCCCAACACGGAAACGGUCAUUGCCAUUGAACCAGUACCUGAUGAAAUUAUUAACAAAAUAACGGGAGAUCUGAAGCUGUUGUAG